AUGUCUCAAGCACCGCCCACCUUCACCCCAGACAGCGAAUUCGCUGAGCUAGAGACACCCCGCGGACCCAUCAGUGGGAGCUUGUCGAUAACUGCACUAGCCCGGUUCGAGUUUGAAGCUGGAAAGGGAAAUGAUGGCACUAAAAUCUUGAUGAUCGAGUGGGAGGACGACGACCUCACUCGAUCUACGUUGGAGGGGUCGUGGCAUGUCUCCUGGACUGGCAAGACAACAGUGCUCCCCGCCAAUGACCGGCCAAGUGAAAGCCUACGCCGAUUUUACUUUUUGUUGCCGCCAAAUGUAACCAUUCCGCCGGUGGUUACGCUCUCAUACGAAUCCCGGGCCGCAACAACGGAACAAACAGACACCGCGGACACUACAACCUCGACCCCGCCCUCAAAACCCCGCGAUACCUUCCAGCUUAAUCCCCUGCCCGCCAUCUUCCCACCGGAACUGGGUGCGACGGGCCGGGCGGCCGGCAAGAAAGGUGUAUUGCACACGAUCUGGGCGAAGAAGCGACUGCGGGUGCUGGAGCAGGAGAUCCACGACGAGUGUCUGAACAAUGCCGAGGGAAUCGCGCUGCACAUGGUCGUGCAGGAGAAGGAGUGGAUCGAGACGAACUUUGGCAUCACGUCGCGUGCCGUUGAUACCGUCGCCAGCAGCCACGACUCGUCGACUUCGUCGUCGGUGUAUCCCACAGGGCCGGCCACCCCAGUGUCGCCCAUUAGCGGACGCAAAUUGACAGAUAAGCUCAAGGGAUUGAAGCUGCAGACCAGCGAGAAGGAUUUAUCUGCGAAGGCUGGCCCCGGCCCCAACACCGCACAUCUCCUCUCCCCGCAGUCCCCCGACGUCGCGGUCUCAUCAUUCAGCUCGUUCCGCAACAUCGCCAGCCGCCCCAUGCACUCGAUGCUGACCCCCGACACCAACCCCACGCCGACGCCCAGCUCCCACACUAACCCCUCUGGCCCGGACUCGCUCAAGACCGUGGCGCACCACCCGCCCGAGUCCGUCCAGGAAGCCCAGCAAACCAGCGGGCCGGGCGGGUUCGCGGCGAUGGGAUCGAUCACGCGCACAACGAGCGCGGAGUCCGGUGAGGAUCUCUUCGCCAAAGCGUUGAGUCCGCGCUCGCCGGAUCUGCCACGGAGCCCAUUCUCGUUCGCUUGA